AUGCCUCAGCAAUCGCCCUACCAGAUUGAUAUCCCAGCUACCGACAUACUCUCAUAUGUCUAUCCUGAAGGAACGGAGCCUUAUGAUCAGCCAAUAUGGAUCGAUGCCGACGAUACCGAAAAGUCAUUGUCACCCAAACAAGCCUUGGGUUGGAUCAAGAGACUCGGCUUGGGUCUUGACAACCUCCAAAUCGGUCAGGGUGAAGUAGUCAUGAUGUUUUCCACCAACCAUAUAUUCUGUCCCGUGGCGUAUCUGGGUGUUGCCGGAAGUGGACGUGUGUUCAGUGGAACCAACCCAGCAUAUACUGUCAACGAGACUGCCUUCCAGAUCACGAACACUGGAGCCAAGAUCAUUCUUGUUGACCCGGCGCUUCUCGACAAUCUCCUCAGGGCUGCGGACCAGGUUGGGUUUCCUCACGAUAAGAUUUACCUCUUCUUGGACGAGCCCUGCAAGACGCAGCGAGGAAUUAAGGAUUGGAGCUCUUUUCUUCCAGCACCGAAGGCUGCAGAGAACUGGCAAUGGCACCGGAUGUCUGCUGAAGAGUCAAGCUCCAAUACAGCGGUGUUGAAUUAUUCGUCAGGCACCACCGGUCUACCCAAAGGCGUGAAGGUCGCUCAUCAAAACAUCAUCGCCAAUGUCUGUCAAUCAUUAUACAUGAGAGAACUGUCACAAUCUUAUUCCCAAGGACAAAAACCAGCAGAGAGGUUCCUAGGAUUCUUACCACUAUAUCACGCCUAUGGACAACUAUGGUCCAUCACUGCUGCUGCGAUCACGCGAACGCCAUGUUACUAUAUGAGAGCUUUCAACUUCGAACCCUUCCUAUCGCACAUCCAGCGUCACCGUAUCACACAUAUCCAGACAGCACCUCCAGUACUAGUCAUGCUGGCCAAACGACCAGAGACCAAAAAGUACGAUCUCUCGUCUUUGGUUAAUAUCCUCUGUGGUGCUGCACCCCUCAGCAAGGAACUCCAGAAUGAAGUCAGCACAAAAUUCAAUCUCAAAGUCGUUCAGACGUGGGGAAUGACAGAAGUGACUUGCUCGUGCUUGCACGUACCCGGUGGAAUGGAUGACCGUAGCGGCAGCGUCGGACAAGUCGACCCAAACUCGACCAUCAAGCUCAUCGAUGAAAGCGGCAACGAAGUCACCAAACCAGGCCAGCGUGGAGAAAUUUUUGUGCGCGGUCCAAACAUCACUCAUCUGGGCUACUGGAGAAACGAAAGCGCCACAAAGGCUUCAUUCGACAGUGACGGCUUCCUAAAAACAGGCGAUGUAGCCAUCUACGACGACAAAGGCUGGUUUUGGAUCGUCGACCGCGCAAAGGAAAUCUUCAAGGUCAAUGGCUUCCAAGUCGCUCCUGCCGAACUCGAAGCAGUCUUGCUCGAAAAUGACGACGUUGCUGAUGCCGCCGUGUGCGCUUUGAACAAAGACCACGAAGACUUGCCUAGGGCAUAUGUGGUGUUGAAAGACGCAGCCAAAGGCAAAGUCAGCGAGAAAGAUGUGGUCGAGUGGAUAGCGACAAAAGUCGCAAAGCACAAGAGACUUUCCGGUGGAGUCAAGUUCAUCGACGAGGUACCCAAGAGUCCGAGUGGAAAGAUCCAGAGAGUUGUGUUGCGCGAGUGGGCCAAGAGGGAUGCAGACCAAGUCACAAACAUAAAAGCUAGAUUGUAA